AUGCAGCCCGACAGUUUCAAGGCCGAGUCUGGAGGUGACGCUCUUGCAUUUGCAGCAGCGCCGCCAGGUCAGGAACCACAGCCUCCUCCUCCACCUCUCCACGACAAGCUGGUGGGAAGGCUCGCAAGCACUCCCACAAACGGGAUGCCAGGAGGAGAAGGAGACGAUGGCAAGCAGCAAAUCGGCAGCUUGGUGAUGGUGCCGCCUGGGAAGAGCAGCGGCGGCGCCGGCGGCGCCAAAUCCAAGACGGUACACUACCGCGAGUGUCUCAAGAACCACGCGGCCAGCAUCGGCGGCCAUUCGCUGGACGGGUGCGGCGAAUUCAUGCCCUGCGGCGAGGAAGGCACCAUGGAGGCUCUCAAGUGCGCCGCUUGCGACUGCCACCGCAACUUCCACAAGCGCGAGGUGGAAGGCGAGCCCCUCGUCUGCGACAUUUGCCACAUGAACAGGAGAGAACGCAACCGCAAGGCCGCCGCCAUCGCUGCUGGUGUUCUCCAGCAGCAGCAGCAGCAGCAACAGCAGCAGCAGCAAGGUGGUGGCCACACUCCAAGCGCACUACAGACCACUUGCAAUACUGCUGCUGCUACUGCUUCCGCCUUGCCGCUUGCAGCAUCCUCGGCGGCGUCGCUGGGGCCACGAACAGGCAACGCCCCCAUGAGCCUGUUGGCGCUGAGCAGCCGGGGCGAGGGCGAUCACCACGACAUGUCGCCACUGAGUAUGAAGAAGCGGUUCCGGACCAAGUUCAGCAUGGACCAGAAGGAGAAGAUGUACAUGUUUGCGGAGAAGGUGGGGUGGAGGAUCCAGAAGCAUGACGAGGCGGCGGUGCAGCACUUUUGUGCCGAGGUCGGGGUCAAGCGGCACGUCCUCAAGGUGUGGAUGCACAACAACAAGCAUACGUUUGGAAAGAGGUCGUCUCUCGGCAGUCCCUCCUCCUCAUCUAUUGGUGGUGCCAACGUUCCACCCGGUCCAGGUAGCGGUGCUGCUGGUGGCGCUGCUGCUCCGCCUCCUCCGCCGCCUCAUGAUAUGCAGCACCACCACCACCACCACCAUCUUCUCUCCGAUCCAGCUUCGGUGCUCAAUCCUUCUCCUCUACACCAACAUCAGCAGCAGCCCUGAUGAUAUAUUUCAUCCGAACCAUACGCGUUUUAAAACACGACGCUCGGGACAACCCACACACUAAAAACCUUACUGAUUAUGUUUUCAAUUUGUCAGCAGAGCAGCAGCCUGAGCAGCGUUGCAUGCAUGACGACCGAUUUACAUUCUUGUCUAUCUCCCUGGUCUUCCUCUCUCAAUUUCCACCGUUUCUCUAAUCUACCAGCUGCAAAGCCCGAAUUCUUUUGUC